AUUUUUUUCUACCAAACCCACCACCUACCCCCGAAAAUGACCUAAUGCGGACUAGGCGCACAAUCCACCCGUCAAUUUGGUGAUCUCUGAUUCUGAUUCUAGGACGCGACGGACAAUACUUAAGCAGCUUCCUCCCCCACCAACUUUCAACCUCUUCCAUCAUUUUCCAUCUACUCUUCAAACUUUAUCAACCACAACAAACCAUCCAUCCUUUCAGAUUCGCGCUAUUAGUAGCAUUUGUCUAUUUCGACAUUUCACAUCAAAAAUUUAACCCUUCUCAAAUUAACCAACCAUCAAAAUGACUGGAGGCGGCAAAUCCGGCGGCAAGGCCAGCGGUUCCAAGAACGCGCAAUCGCGAUCCUCCAAGGCCGGCUUGGCCUUCCCCGUCGGUCGUGUUCACCGACUGCUCCGCAAGGGCAACUAUGCUCAGCGUGUUGGUGCCGGUGCCCCGGUUUACCUCGCUGCUGUCCUUGAGUAUCUCGCUGCCGAAAUUCUCGAGCUGGCUGGCAACGCUGCCCGUGACAACAAGAAGACUCGUAUCAUCCCCCGUCAUCUUCAACUGGCCAUCCGCAACGAUGAGGAGCUGAACAAGCUACUCGGCCACGUCACCAUCGCCCAGGGUGGUGUACUGCCCAACAUCCACCAGAACCUUCUCCCGAAGAAGACCGGCAAGCCUGGCAAGAACGCGAGCCAAGAGCUAUAAUUUGGGGUCACUUUCUGUUUUCUAGUUGGUCGUUUGGGACGUUUCAUGAACCACGGGGUCACGGUCGGGCACGGUUUUGCUUUUCCAUGCGUUAGGGCUGUACAUUACAGGCAGAAUCCAUCAGAGUAAUGGACAUGAAUGAGAAUACUUUCUAAACAAC